CUGGUUUAUCACAGUUUAGCUACAGAACUACAUUCCACUCCUUCCCCGUGCUCCGCGCAUGCGCAGCAGGGCUCCAGGGGGCUGCCAUCUGAUGCCAAUGUUGUAUAGGUUCAGUCUCAGUCGCUCCCCGCUCACGGACGCGCGCGUGAACCACCGCUGAACGGGACUCUCCGUGCGUUUGUGCUCGCGCCCGCACGACUCCCUGACGGCUCGCGGGAGCCAUGGCAGGGGGCACCUGAAGGGUGUGCGGAGGCGGCGCGCGACUUUGGAGGACUCCAGCCGCUUUCGCGCGCUUUUGGAGUGUGUGAGCGUGCGUGUGUAUGAGGGGGAGCACCAUGCACGCGGACGUGCUCGCCCUGUUAGUCGUGUGGCUCCUGUGCGCGUGCGGCGCCUCGUCUCGUUCGAGGGGACGGACGCUGCAGACCUACAGCCAGAUCAGGUCCCGACGAGAAACUACAAGAACAGAAGGAGGAGUCCGUAAGCCUGGAAGCCCUAUUCUCAAGAGGAGCCCUGAUAUCACAAAGAACCCAGUGACGAAAUCCGAGCAGUUGCUGAGGAUAGACGAUCAUGACUUCACGAUGAGGCCCGGCUUUGGAGGCCCAGCUAUUCCUGUGGGAGUGGAUGUUCAAGUUGAGAGCCUGGACACCAUCUCAGAAGUGGACAUGGACUUCACCAUGACCCUGUAUCUGAGGCACUACUGGAAGGACGAGCGACUCUCCUUCCCCAGCACCACCAACCAGAGCAUGACCUUUGACAGCCGUCUGGUGAAAAAGAUCUGGGUCCCUGACAUGUUCUUCGUCCAUUCCAAACGCUCCUUCAUUCAUGACACCACCACUGACAAUGUAAUGCUCAGGGUCUACCCCGACGGCAAAGUUCUCUACAGCGUCAGGGUCACUGUAACAGCCAUGUGUAACAUGGACCUGAGCCAUUUUCCUCUUGACACCCAAACAUGUUCACUGGAAAUUGAGAGCUAUGCCUACACUGACGAUGACCUGAUGCUGUACUGGAAGAAGGGGAACGACUCGCUGAAGACGGAUGACAGGAUCUCGCUCUCUCAGUUUCUCAUUCAGGAGUUCCACACCACUACAAAGCUGGCCUUCUACAGUAGCACAGGUUGGUACAACCGACUGUACAUCAACUUCACCCUGCGGCGUCACAUCUUCUUCUUCCUGCUGCAGACCUACUUUCCUGCUACUUUGAUGGUCAUGCUGUCCUGGGUGUCCUUCUGGAUUGACCGCCGAGCUGUCCCUGCCAGGGUGCCUCUGGGUAUCACCACGGUGCUCACCAUGUCCACCAUCAUCACGGGGGUGAACGCCUCCAUGCCCAGAGUGUCCUACAUCAAAGCCGUCGACAUCUACCUGUGGGUCAGUUUCGUCUUCGUCUUCCUCUCUGUCAUAGAGUAUGCAGCCGUUAACUACCUGUCCACUCUGCAGGAGCGCAAGGAGAGGAAGCUGAGAGAGAAGCUGCCAUGCACGUGCGGGAUAUCUCACUCGGGCCAGAUCAUGAUGAGUAGCAGCUACAGCGAGAUGGACGCCAUGACCACAGGUCACUAUGGCAUGCCGGAGAUGAACGGAGACAAGCGCGAACGCAUCCUAGUGCAGCUGGCCCUGGACAAAGAGCAGGGUGCUCACGGCCAGGGAGGAAACACACGCUCCUACAACAGCAGCAUGUGGAUCGAUACCCACGCCAUAGACAAAUACUCGCGGGUGAUCUUCCCCGGAGCAUACACACUCUUCAACAUCAUAUACUGGUCUAUCUACUCAUAACAACUGUUACUGGCGUAACUAGUGGUGCGAUGGAGAUGUCCUGAAGGCUUUCGGGCCAUUUAAUGGUCAUUAAGGGAGACUGCCUCAUGGAAUGCUAGAAUGUUCUCUCCAUUCUGUCUAAGGACAGAAGUCCUAGCAGAAGUCAAGCAAGGAAGCCGGACUCUCGCAACAUUACACAGGCCCAGAGACCUUAUUCACAGUUUUAAGCUAUCAGGUUGCAAGAAAAACAAAGAAAAUAGACGUUUGUCUUUAUUGUUCUUCUCCUCUACUAACUUGUGCAUGAGAGGGAUGUUAUGUUCUUUUAGCUUUAGACUGUCUUCAAAACUACAAUAGAUUGACACAACAGAAAAUGACUUUUUAGACAUUUGCAAUGCAUAGAUAUUGUAGUUUGCAUAGAAGCAGUUGUUUAUCAGUAUUUUUGUUUUUCCAGGAUACCUCCAGGUAGGGCUGGGCGAUAUGGAUUUAAAAAGAUUCACUUGUUUUCCACAUCAUUAUUGAUAAUGACUAUAUCCGUUUUCUAAUGAUCAAAUAUAGGUCAAAAUAGUAUUUUAUAACAGUCUACAUUUUAAAGAUAUUGCACUUUUACUGAGACUUUUGAUAUACAGCAAGACUUUUAACAUGACUUAGGCUACAUUCACACAGCAGGUAAAAAUGGCCAAAUUUUCUCACCAAAUCCGAUUUUUUUGUUUGGCUGUUCACAGUAUCUUUUAAAUGUGACCUAUAUUUGUAAAUUCAAUGCGCAAAUGAACAGUGCUUGACAUGACGCGCUCAUCCAGAGGUAAACAACCAUGACUGCCAACGAACGCAGGUCCACGAAUUAAGGUUUCAGUUUCAUCUUUGCAAGUAUCACAGGAGCGAUCAUGAAGUUCUGAUGGCUGACAGUUCGGCUAAUCGCCCAGAACGUGUUCGAGCUCACCAUAAAAAGGGUGCAGUCACUUCUUUGGUUUGGAUUUCAGCACCACAUAUGAAAGCGUCUCAAAUCGGAAUUGAAGAUGUCAGAUUCUAUGUUUUUUUUGCUGUUUACACUGACACACACACACAACACAUCUGUGUCACAUAUUAAGGAAAAGAUUGGAUUUUGGCCACUUUUACCUGCUGUGUGAACAAAGCCUUAAAAAGGUCCAACAAAGUGUAAGGCUAUGUUCACAAUACAAACUCCAUCGCUCAAAUCUGAUUUUUUUCCAGAUCUGAUCCCUUUAACACAUGAUAGUUCACACUAUUUAGGUAAGCAACUUAAACCUGUUAUUAAUGUAAACAAACUGGCAUCCUAAAAUGACUCACAUGCACACAUCCAGUAACAUUACGUGAAUGAAUCACAGGCGUCACGAACAGCAAACUAAUGAGAAGAUCUGCGAAGAUAAUUAUCUCUGAACAACUCUCACUGUUCAUUAUUAGAGCGAGACGAAGGCGAAAUAGGGUGCGAUGUGCUGCUUUUCAACUGUUUACUGGCUUUAACUUCAUGGAAGCGCUAAAUGAUGGCGCAGUGGGAAAAAAGCACAUAAAUUCCAAUCUGAGUGUUCAGAUUAAGGUCAUAUGGCCACGGAUAUGUAUCUGAUCUAGGCCCACGUAGGUGUGUGUCGCACGUCGUAUUUAAAAAGAUCAGAUCUGUGUCACAUGAGGGCAAAAAAUAUCAGAUUUUUGCCACUUCAACCUGGUUAUGUGAACGUAGCCUAUUUGGCCUCAGUUGCCCUCCCUCUCCCCAUCAGAAUUGGCAGUUAGCAUUCUCCUCUAAACAUGUUCAGCUAUCCUGUGACAUCGCAGAGAAAGCAUGUGGUGGCCUUCAGCCUCCCAGCUUGAAAGUCUAGCUAGGCCUAGCUAGUAUGAGGAAUUGGAUAUGAAUAAUUGGGAACAUAAAGAAAGUUUCUGAUAAAUAUAUGCAAAUGAUAUACAGGAAAACGGUACCUAAGUUCAUUUAAAUUUAAAGGGAACAUAAAGUGAGGCCUUUCUACAUUUCAACAUCGAAUAACUAGCUAGCUAACACUCCUAACUGUCACGCUGGCUUGUGCUGUUAUGAGUGAAUGGCUAGACUUUUCCCUAUUGUUCAAAUUUCAAGCUGCUUUGACUGAAUGGCAUCAUCAUUUUACUGAAAAUACCUCAAAUGGACAUUAUCGUGAAAGAUGUUUGAUUAUUAUUGUUUUAUUGCCCAGGCCUACCUCCAGGUGUGCCAGAUGACAUUUCUGUGAUACAUUCUAUGUAGUGUAAAUAGAAAUGUGCAUUGUGCAAAAACUUCAGUGGAUGCAUGGGAACAGUUGUAGUGUGAGUCCGUCGUCUCAACUGGUCUUGCGGUCCUGAAAGUAAGUUAUAGCGACGUAGCCUAGGCUAAGUUUUGCUUAUUUUUCUCAUGAUGUAGACCAAUCUGAAUCUCCCCAGCCACACCAUGAAGAGACAAACUCAGCACUUGUAAUGUGCAGCAUUUGAUGUCAUUUAAAGACACUUUAAAAAGAAAGGGAAGCGUCAUCAAUGCUAUCACCUUUAUUUCUAAAAAAUUGUGGUUUAUAUAGCAUAUUUAGGGAUGCACUGAUUUUGAAUACACAAACACAGUCACAGCCACUUCCCCAGUACAAGUGGAAGCACAGAGACAAAGCAAGGCAGAGACAAGACAAGUAACAAGACAGAGACAAAAAGACGGCAUCUGUGGUACUAAAGUCUAUGUGAGGCACAAGAUGACAAAGCUGCUGUAGCAGUUUCUCAGUGAGUGCAUUUACCUGCACUUAAUGAUCCAAUAACUGCAGAAAAUCAGAUUUUGUCAGUGAUCAGAUCAUCACCUUUACACACACUUGAUUAAGUGCAGAAAAUGGGGGUCUACAUGAGUCUCACAAUAAUCAUAAUCAGCCAAUAAACUCACAGAAGAGUAAUAUAAAGCAUCAUAUAAAACUCAAACUUCAUGAUGCAGCCUUUAACAAAAAAAAAAAUAAAACUUUGCACCACUUUGCCUGAAAAUCUGAACAUACGUCAUCUAGAUGAUAAAGAAAAUUUGCGGUUGGUUUCAGCAUUUCUUCAAAAGUGUUUGUCUUGUGGCAAUGCUACAUUCUUAUUUUCGGGUACAAGUGUCUGUUUUAACACAUGCACAGACAGAGAAAUCCGAAAGAAAUGAGAUUAGGGGUUUACAUGCACUGAGAAAUCUGAUUACUGAGCUAAAAUCCAAGUCUCUUCAUCAGAUUUCUUAAUAAUUCUAGACCUUACUCCGAUCAAAGAAAUUAGAGUAUGCUGUCAUGACCAUUUGAAUAAUCAGUUAACUGCAGAAAUCUGAUUAUGAUGGUGUGAUAGAGUGCAUGUAAACGCUCCGUGUUUUUGCUUGGUCCUCAGGUGCACAGCAUGUUGUUUUUGACUGAAGCAGACAGUGUGAGCAUGUAAAUUGCAGGCUUUGUCUGUACUUGAUGGUCUAUUCAAAUGUACAGUGUGAGUCAAACACAAUUGUUAAAAUCACACAGUGUAAGCCUGGCUUUAGACGACAUUCAACUACCGCUCAAUCAAAAGACUGCAAGAAGACAUAAAACUCAAAAUGUGAGAUGCAUCAGCCUUGGAUGUGAUUCAGAGACUGAAUCCUUUCCAAGGCAACCAAGACUUGUUGAAAGAGACUGAUGAGUGGGGAUCAAAACUAUGAAACAUCAUUUAUUUACAGCUGUAUAGAGGUAGAACAUUUUUGAUAUGGAACAAAACCCUCUGUUCUCUGGAAUGCUACUCAAUUCAACGUAACUAAUGUAGCUAAUGCACUUCAUUGUAUUCAGGUACAUUGGAAAGGGACAUUGUACAUUACACUAAUAACUGCUCAGCUCUAAAUGUGUUACUUAGUAUGGUAUCAGAUUCAUUAUCAGUGGGUACUAAAAAAUAUGUACUCAUACUAAGUCCGAAAAAAUAUCGAUGCAUCCCUAAUUGUUUCACUCCCUGGUCAUCUAUUAAGUGAGCAUCUAUUUUGUGAAGAAUGCUUUUAUUGUGCUGGUUUUGAAUUCAGUUUAUUGGCAAAGUAAUAACUUAAAAUGCUGCACCAAAUAUGUACUUGUUUAUAUCUGUGAAUACACUGUAAUGUAUAUUGUGAUAUUUUUGUUCAUUUUGAGUAAUGAAGAUGCUGUUUUAAGAAAAUUUCAUAUUCUAAAAAGUCUUCGCUAUCACCCUUCCAUGCAUGGGUCAUCUCUAAAUACAUCAAGAAUGUCCACUGACUACUACAUUAGUCCCUAUUAAAGGAAAUGAUUAGAAAGUUCAA